AUGGCCUCCCAAAUCUGCCAAGUCUACAACGUCGAAGCGUGCUUCACCAGCGGCACCCGUCACUUUGCCAUAUAUGUUGCCAUUGACAACGGCCCCGGACAACUCCUCCACGUCCGAUGCGCCGUUGGGAAAGCUGGCAUGAUGUUUGAGAGGCAGUAUUUUGUUGGCCAUGGGCCAGAAGCUCUCUCUACUUUCGUCACCAAAGUCCCCAUUGGCAGCGUCAGAAUGGAAGAUCUAGAUCGCCUUGCGGAUAUCUGCGGCGCUAUUGGCGCCCCUACCGCUCAGUACGUCAACAAUGCUUGCCAAUGUGCCACCUGGGUUCACCAAGCUCAACUGGCUGCCAUGGGCGCCGACCUUUUGAAGAUUGCAGCGGCCUUCCUGGUGUUCCCGAGGCGAAUCCUGGCCGAGUUGACAACAAAGGGCGAAUGGCUCGUGAUGAGACGCCCAGCAACUACAGUCGAAUUGCGUAUUGCAACAAUUCAGCAAACUCAGACAUCCUUUCGCAGCCAAAUCCCACAAUCCCUUGACAGCAAGACGAACGACUAUCAAGCCCACUCGAAAAUGAAACCAACCACAAAAGAGGGACGAAGAAAACUUGAUAGGCUUAUCAAAGAGAAUAAGACUCAUCCCCGAGUACUCGAAUUUCUUACCCACCCGGUGAAUGUCGCUAAUGAUACUCGUACCAUUCUGGACACGAGAUACGACCCCAAUCUCCAGUCGGCUGAUAGGACAGGGCCAUGUAACGAAGCCAUUAUACCUAUUAAUCAGGCACUGGACCUUAUGAAUCUUACUCAGAAGGACCGACUGGAAGCCUAUGAAAUUCUCCGUUGGAAGUUUAGGUGUUCGAGCUCGGACCCGGACACAAAUCUGAUAUGUUGUCAGGAAAAAAAGGAGGCCGGGGAGUUCGGACCAUUCGCCCUCCUUCAUGUCAAGCCGGGCGACGGAUACCAGGGAAAGUUGAUGGGCGGCCCUUGCGCUGAGUGCACGAGCAGAGAUUUACAUAAUCAACGCUAUUCAUAA